GCAGUGGCGCGAUCAGUCGGAUUUUGUUCUUCUCUUUCCGUGGCAGGUUCAAAGUGAAACGUUUUUGUGGCCUUUAUCACUUGGUGCAGUGUGUUUUAGUUUAGUAGGGAAGCAGGUGCUGGUAGUGGCCUUUCUUCGUUUGAUAAGAAACGAUGCCAGAGUAUACGUAUCUCUCCGGUUUCGGAUCGCACUUCUCCUCGGAGGACCCGCGCUGUCCGAAUGCGCUUCCAGAGGGACAAAAUUCUCCGCAGAAAUGUGCCUACGGUCUGUAUGCUGAACAGCUGUCCGGCAGUGCCUUCACUGCCCCUCGAACCGAAAACGUCCGCAGCUGGUUGUACCGGGUGCGCCCAUCGGUGAUCCAUCAGCCGUUCGAGAGGUACGACGUUGCACCGUUCUUCCGGGGAAAAUGGGACGAACAGCAUCCGAAUCCUAACCAGAUGCGUUGGAAUCCUUUCGACAUUCCUGGUGCCGAUGCGGAGGGCCAGGUGGACUUCGUAGCAGGACUGCAUACUGUUUGCGGUGCCGGGGACACCAGGAGCCGCCACGGGCUUGCAAUUCAUGUGUUUCUGUGCAACAGAUCGAUGGAGGACAAGGCUUUCUACAACAGCGAUGGGGAUUUCUUAAUUGUUCCCCAGCAGGGUCCGUUGGAUAUAACUACCGAGUUUGGGAAGAUGCUCGUCAAACCGAAUGAAAUCUGCGUCAUACCGCAAGGCAUUCGUUUCAGCGUGGCAGUUGAGGGACCAACUCGUGGCUACAUUCUGGAAGUGUACGAUGGUCAUUUCAAGCUUCCGGAUCUGGGGCCAAUUGGGGCGAAUGGGCUUGCUAACCCGAGAGAUUUUCUCACACCAAGCGCUUGGUUCGAAGAUCGUACCGUUCAAGGAUUCAAGGUCGUUUCCAAGUAUCAGGGUGCGCUGUUUGUGGCGACUCAGAACCAUUCGCCGUUCGAUGUGGUGGCAUGGCAUGGGAACUAUGUUCCGUACAAGUAUGAUUUGGCCAAGUUUAUGGUCAUUAACUCGGUCAGUUUUGAUCAUUGCGAUCCGAGCAUCUUUACGGUGCUUACCUGUCCGAGUAAUCGAUAUGGGACAGCUAUCGCAGACUUUGUCAUUUUCCCGCCGAGGUGGUCUGUGCAGGAGAAUACCUUCAGACCACCGUACUAUCAUCGCAACUGCAUGAGCGAAUUCAUGGGUCUGAUCUUCGGGCGUUAUGAAGCCAAGGAAGGAGGCUUCCUACCAGGUGGCGCCUCACUGCAUUCCAUGAUGACGCCGCAUGGUCCCGAUCGGAAGUGCUUCGAAGGUGCUUCCAACGCGGAGCUCAAACCGGAACACAUCGCCGACGGAACACAGGCCUUCAUGUUCGAAUCGUCGCUCAGUAUGGCCGUCACCAAGUGGGGCGAAGAAACGUGCCAAAAGCUGGACGCAAAGUACUACGAAUGCUGGCAGGCGCUGGAGAAGAAGUUUAAGAUUUGAACAAAUUGACACAAGGGCAGGGAUUUCGGCAUGAUCCGUAGAAGCUUCUAGGAGUAACAUUCACGGUACGAAUUUCUCAAGGACAAAAAUCGAAUUUAAUUCUCGGUCUCACUUUCUUUCUCAGUUUUGUUUUGAAGCAAAUUUAUAAAAUUUAUCUUUGUUUUACGGUAUCUCUUGAUUCGC